UGAGUAGAAAGGCUUCCAUCAUGGAUCUUUAGAUUGGUAGUGGGGUACUUGUAUGCAAAAUAGACCUUCAAUUUGAUUUGGGCGAACUUCGCUCUUUGUCCAAGCCACCCACUGAUGCCACUUGAUGGCACUGGUCGUCGUCAAUCAUCAAUCAUCCAGCGAAAACCAGAUUCGCGGGUUAAUCCUUGAAUAAGAGAAUUUCCAUGCGGGUUCUUUUAAGAUUUUACUACGUACCCAUCAACUCAUAUCUCGUUUUAUCCGCGUUUUGUUCCCUCUUCCUUCUCCAUUCUCGACUUUUAUUUCUCCCGAAUUAAUUGCACGGAAUACCUCUACUUCUAAAUCUUGUGUCGGAGAGCAAGACAAUUCGGAGGGGGUGAUAGGCUGUUAGUAGCCUACAAAAAAAUUGGACAAAUUGCCCAGACGUCACUUCGGUCAGUUAUUUGCAGGGUCCGUGUGUACCGUAAGAAGCAGCUGUAAAGGCUGUAAAUUGAUUCAAUCCAUUCAGUCUCAUCCCUCUCCAAUCCCAUUCCCUUCUUUUUACAUCAUCACAAUCAUCAUCACCAUCAUUACAUCGCUUCCCGCCCGUCGCGCCGACCCGAGAUCUUAAAACCAUUAGGCUUUUUAGAUUUCAUGAGGGCGACGGCCUAAACAGCCAUCAUCAUGUCUUACGGACAAUAUCAAAACAAUCCAUACCAAGAGGCCCCGUCGUCAGAACAGGGCUAUGGUUAUGGCCAGGAUCACGAGUUGCAAAGCUACCCUCAACAACCAGCCUCGGACACGCUCUCGCAGCAGGACUUCCUUGGCCGGAUUCAAUUUCUUCGCAAUGAAAUCGGUACGCUCACAAGCAAUGUCCGGGCAAUUGCGUCGCUGCACCAGCGCGCAUUGGCCGAAGCAGACGGCGGCGCGGCAUCAUCGCAACUCGAACGCAUCAUCGCCGAUACCCAAACUCUAAACCGUGGCAUCCGGGACCAGCUUAAAUUCUUAGCAAAUGACGCCAACAAGACUUCCGACGCCAGCCGUACCCUAAAGGAGCGCCAAGUCAACACAAUCAAGGCCGAAUUUGAGCGCGAGUUGCGCAGUUACCAGGAAGAGGAGGGUUCCUACCGUCAACGGUACCGCGACCAGAUCGCCCGUCAGUACCGCAUCGUCAACCCCGAUGCUACCGAGGAUGAAGUUCGCCAAGCAACUGAAGCCGACUGGGGCAACGAAGGUGUCUUCCAAACAGCCCUCCGCACCAACCGUACCGGUCAAGCAUCAACAGUUCUUGGAGCAGUGCGCGCUCGCCACAAUGAGCUGCAACGCAUCGAGCAUACUCUGACGGAGCUAGCAAAUAUGUUCCAAGACCUCGCUGUAUUAAUCGAGCAGCAUGAGCCAUAUGUACAGCAAGCAGAGGAGAAUGCAGUUAACACCGCCAAGUAUAUGGACGAAGGUAACACGCACGUGAAGAAAGGUAUCAUUCACGCCCGCAACCGCCGCAAGUGGAAGUGGUGGUGUCUAUUCAUCGUUAUCCUCAUCAUCUGCGUUGCCGUUGCUAUCGGUGUCGGUGUAGCGGCCCAAAAUGGGGCUUUUAAGAAGAACAAUUAAGACAGGUUACACGUUAUUUAACCGUGU